AUGCCGGUUAAAUGCUUCUGGCAACCAGACGAAAAGUCAGAUGAAGGUCAAGCUGGCGCAGUCUGGUCUCCAGAACGACGAGGAACAGCCACCCAAGAAGAAGAAACGGAUUCAAAAAGCGAGAAGGAAGACGAUGGACCGUCUGUCUUUCGCAAGCGCAAGGUUGCAUUUCGAUUCUCUUACGAUGGCACGAAGUACAAUGGCCUGCAGAGGUCACCAGUCCCGGCUGGAAAGGUGACAAUAGAAGACGUAGUUUUUGACGCGAUGCUGAGAACGAAAAUUGUGGAUGAUAUAGGAACUGCGGAGUAUAUUGCUGGAGGUCGAACGGACAAGGAAAGGUUUAAUCGGAAAAUCACGGCUAAAACGACAAUCUACACAACUACACACGGAUCACUGUCUCAAGAAGAGUCUAAGCUAGCUGAACCUGCAAUAAAACACACAAAAUACUCAAUUAAAAAUAUGCAAUUGAUGUUUAUUGACAUCAUUUGA